ACUUUGAUCUCCAUAGCAUCAAUAUCUGUGUCUGUACUGUAUUGUAUCCGUUGGGCCUCUGUUUCAUUCCUUUUUGAGAUCUUAUUUCAAUUUUGAUUGAAGAAAUAUGUUGGCUAUAUUCAAGAAAGGGUUGGUGAAACCACCUCAGGAGCUGAAUAGCCCAGCUUCAUUGGCAUCAUCGAGAAAGCCAAAGCUUCCUCAGGACAUUCUUAAGGAUUUUGAAUCUUCUAAUCCCUCUAAUAAUUUCUCAAUUAGCUUUGGAGAUGUUGCUUCUCUUGCUUAUAUUUCUCCACAAAAUCCUUACUCUAUUCACCAGAGGUUGUUCUGUGGAUUGAAUGACAUAUACUGCAUUUUCUUGGGAAGCUUGAACAACUUAUGUAGCCUCAAUAGACAGUAUGGGCUGUCGAAGGGCACCAACGAGGCCAUGUUUGUAAUUGAAGCUUACAGAACCCUACGUGAUCGUGGCCCAUACCCAGCCCAUCAGGUCCUAAAGGAUCUUGAGGGCACAUUCGGAUUCGUGGUCUAUGAUACCAAAGCUGGACAUGUCUUUGCUGCCCUGGGUGCAAAUGAAGGUGUGGGGCUAUUCUGGGGGAUUGCUGGUGAUGGAUCGGUGGUGAUAUCCGACAACUUGGAGGUCAUUAAAGGAAGUUGUGCCAAGUCAUUUGCACCAUUUCCAUCUGGGUGCAUGUUCCAUAGCGAACAAGGGUUGAUGAGCUUUGAACAUCCAAUGAGCAAAAUGAAGGCAAUGCCCAGAAUUGAUAGUGAGGGGGCCAUGUGUGGAGCCAACUUCAAGGUUGAUAAUCAAUCCAGGAUUAGCAGCAUGCCCCGUGUUGGUAGUGAGGCCAAUUGGGCUUUGUGGGGUUCGCAAGCUUAAGCCCUUCAAAGUGUGCAUAAAAAAAAAAAAAAUUUUUUUUCUAACUGUUACAUUGUGUGGAACCUUUCUCGUCGUUUGUUUUAUUUUCAGUGUACUGUGUAUAUUUCCCUUGUUAGGCUUUGAUAACUUGGUGUUUAUCUUGGUGUGCCAUUCAAUGAACAAGUCUCACUUUCACA